GGUUAAGCAAUUUAAAACCCCGACAGUUUCCUUGAAACAUCCAAAAUAUUUACCUGUGAACAAUGAAAGGCAUAACGCUAUUGUGAUGGGGAAAUUUACGAAAUCAUAGUGAUUAAAAAAAAAGAGAGUGUCGUGCUAUUGCUGAAAUUUGCCAAAAUUUAUAUAUGAUUUUAUGUAAGUAUACCAAAUGGGAAAACCUCGCGCGGCAAUGAGUCACUUCUGAAUGACGUCAUCCGGGCUUUCCCUUAGUCACGUUUCCGCGUGCUGUCAAUUGGACUUAGAUUGAGAGAAACUGUGAGAAAACGGAGACAUGUGUGUUUAUGAUUUUUUGGAUUUGGUUUGUCGCAUUUGAAAGAAGUAAGACUAAACAUAGUGUUCGUUAAGAAAGAGAAAUUUAUUGUGAGUGUAAUUGACAAACGUUACAGUCAUAUCAAUACAUAUUUCGGAGGAGAUCCGAAUCAACGCGCACCUGUCAUUUUCACCGAAUGGAACAGUAGAUGAUGUCAGGUCAAGGUUCAGGUAUGAAGAAGCGCAAGCCUCCAGGGUUAGCCCGCCUGACAGUGGUUCCCGACCAGAAUCCAGCAGGCCCACCUCGCGAUCUUGAUUCGAAGGCUACAAUCAAGAUUGAGGACAGGACGUUUGAAGUUGAGGCCAAUGACUUGGAGUACAUCUGUACCUUGGGACGUGGCGCGUAUGGGGUGGUUGAGAAAGUCAGACAUCGGACCACUGAUACUAUCAUGGCAGUCAAACGUAUCACAGCCACAGUGAACUCAUUGGAACAGAAGCGGUUAUUGAUGGACCUGGACAUCUCCAUGAGGAGUGGCUCCUGCCCGUACUCAGUCACAUUCUAUGGGGCGCUCUUUAGAGAGGGGGAUGUGAUGAUCUGCAUGGAAGUCAUGGAUGCCUCACUGGACAAAUUCUACCAGACCGUCUUCAGCAACAAACAGAGUAUACCGGAGCAAAUCCUAGGAAAAGUGUCAUACGCUGUCAUAAAGGCUCUGGACUACCUUCACACAGAACUGCAAGUGAUACAUCGUGAUGUUAAGCCCUCAAAUAUUUUAAUAAACAAAAAAGGACAAGUGAAACUAUGUGACUUUGGAAUUAGUGGGUACUUAGUGGACUCUGUAGCCAAAACCAUAGAAGCUGGAUGUAAGCCUUACAUGGCGCCUGAAAGGAUAGACCCCCAGAAUGGGUCGCAAGGAUAUGACAUCAAGUCGGAUGUUUGGAGUUUUGGAAUCACUAUGAUUGAGCUGGCCUCAGGAAAGUUCCCAUAUGUUAGUGCUCCCACGCCGUUCGAGCAGCUCAAGCAGGUCGUGAAGGACCCUCCACCUACCCUGCCCGCUGGCAAGUUCUCAAAGGACUUUGAGGACUUUAUUGCCAAAUGUUUGAAGAAGUCAGUUUCUGAGCGUGCCAACUACCAUGAACUGUUACGACACCCGUUCCUUGUGAAAGCGAGCAGUGAAGAAGUCGAUAUGGCUGCCUACGUCACAGAAAUACUUGCCAUGGGCGUGCAUCCAACUAAUGACUAACUGUAUGCCUUAAAGUAUCCUCAUUGGACAGUUUUAUCUGUUUUAAUCACUGCUUGAUGGGUUUUUGUGUUCUAGGUUAGGUGUCUGAUCUUGUUGCACAUAAAACCAUAUAUUUUGAUUGCCCACAACACAGGCAAGUUGAUCAAGGCUAAUGCAGUUGUGUGUUUUUUUAAAUGAAAAACGUACAUGGAAAAUAUAAGCUUCUAAGAAAAUAAUAGUUUUUCAACAAGUAAGCAAAUCAAUAGUUGCUUUGUUUUACCUUUUAGAAAAAAGUGAUCAUAACUAAGACAUCGCCUUUAGAUUAAUAGGGCCUUGAUUUAUUUCAGGGCAAUGUGAAAAAAUCCACUUUUAGUUAGACAUUUUCAUUAAAAGUCUUCUUGAAAAGGUCCAAAAAUAAAUAAAAUGUUAUUUUUGCUUGGUUAUUCUUUCAAAUGUUGUGAUGCUGACAUAAACACUAGUAGUUUAGUGCAGUAAGUCCCAAUUGUUACUUUUCAGGGAAAAGCUUUCAUGAAAAUUUACCAAAAGGUUUCCUAAACUUUUAUCAGGGACACCAGUAACUAGGGAUGCAACGGGUACCUGAAAAAAAAAACAGUUCCAUUAUAAGUAAAAUAUCUGGUUUAUUACUAUUUGGAAAAAUUUCGGUUUACUAUUAUUUAUGUUAUUUUUUUAAUAUUUUGUAUCCAAUAUUUUGUUAAUUCAUUAUUUUUCAAGCACUUAAAAUUGAUUAAAUUAUUAUAUAAGAAUAGCAAUUGCCAUCUGCUUUUGUCAUUUUGACAUUGAAGUAUUUAAGCAAUUUGAUAAAUGUGCCUUUGGGUAUGAAAAAUUCUAAUUUUCUGAAAGACCUGUUUAUAUUUAUUCAAUAUAUUGACUGAGAACUGAAUUUGUUUUACACAUGAAACCAGGACAUAACUUCCUGUCAAAACAAACAAUAAAUGUGGGGUACUACCCUUUUUUUAUCUACUGAGUUUAAAGAAAUUAUGGAAAGGUUGAUUUUUCAUUCUAAGAGACUUGUAUACUUAUUUCAUAUACAUUCUAAGAGACUUACACACUCAUUUCAUAUAUAUAGAAAGUCACAUCUAAAAAGUACUUAGGUCCAAUAGGGAGAGAGUUGAAAAACCAAUUUUUUCCCAAACAAUUGGCUCAAAGAUAUUUGUUAGACAGUUCAUUUUUAUGGCAUGCAGGAAAAGCUCACCAUCAAAUUAAUUACCCUAUUAACGAACUUUAUUAAAAAUCAAACUAGUGUAACACUGUUUAGGCAGAUCAAAAGAAGGUAAAUAUGCAGGGAACAUAUAAAAAAUGCAUUUGUGGAGGUGUUGUGACUAUUGUAAGUGGACUGUGAAUAUACACAGCCAGAGCCGGUUCUCUAUUUGUUUAACAACAACAAAGACAGACUCCUGUUUGUUUCUAGUUGGCACAAAUUGUAAUAAAUUCACUGUAAAUUAAAAUGUUUUAAUAGUGCAAAUCUGUAAUGCUUGGAAGAUAGCUUUUCAUUAUUUCUGAAGAUUUGUUUAUUUUGAAACGAGUGACAAAAUUUAUGACGUGUCACUUUACUUUCAUUUUCAUUUUGAAAGUUUAAGUUUUGAUGAAAACAUAAAGUGAGAUCUUUUUUGUGAUAGUCACUUUGAAUACCUUUUACACUAUAAGCUUUAAAUUAUUAAUGGAAUAGGAAUACAAAUAUAAUUUUACAGCUUUUAUAAUAGUGUUAAAUUACGUGAAAAUAAUAAGGUUAACAAGUGAAAAAUCUAAUAAGCUCUCAAUUUGGACCAAGUAUAAGUACUAUGAUCCCAUACAUGAAUAGCUGUCUGGUCGGAUGAUUUUUUCACAGAGUUAUGGCCCUUUGAAAUUUUCUAUAAAAAUAUUCUUUUCCCCCCAACUUCUGUGCCCUCAAGACGUUUCCUUUUAUCUGAAUAUAUAGUGCAAUAUUGUGACAAAAAAAAACUUUGGGGAGCAUCACCCGUCUCUGACGGUUUCUUGUAUUGGAAUGUCGUCAUGGAUUUAAGUUGUUUAUUCUUAUUGGGAGUUAAUUGGUAUAUUUUCUUCUUGCUUGAUAAUAAAAUAAGUUGAAAGUGAAAGUUUAUGUGUACUUGUAUUUAUGUCAAGACCCACCCUGAAAUACCAAACCUGACUGACAAUAUCUGACCUGACAAAAAGUGUGUUACCCGUUGCAUCCCUACCAGUUACAAUCUAGCUCUGCACUGACCAUGUCUGCAUUCAAAGACAGUCAUGGAUUAAAAAUAGAUUAAAGAUGGCAUUUCUGAAUGACUUUUGGUUGCAUUUAAUGUAAUACAUUGCCAUGUCUCUUAAUACUUUCAAAAAUGCAAAAAAAAAAAUUCAGCUCUUACCCAGUGAAACAGCCCCACUCAACACAGUUACUCCCCUUGGAAUGGUACUAUUAUCUAGUAACAAAUAGACGAUUUCAAGUGAAGAGCAAAAACUUUUUUUCACAUACUUGUUCUCAAAAAAAUGUCACUAGCGCUUCUGUUUUUUACCUGGCAAGUCUGUGCUCAAUAUUAAUAAGUUGGGAACUUGCUAGCUUUUGUUAAUAUCUUUAACAACUGAUGUUUAGAGAAUAGUAUUUCACAAUAAUACCUAUGAGGUAUUGGCUUAUUUUUCUGGUUAAUACAUUGAAAGAGAGAAAUUGAAUGCUGGCUCAUAAUUUCUGAUGUGGAAUUGAUAUUUUCUGUUUGAUGGAUUUCAUGUGUUGGUCUAAACUCCGCUAUACCGUGGGGAUACCUUUAACAUAUUUUACCAACCUGCUGGAGAUUCAUUAUUUAAAUGUGUGUGUACAGUUAAAGAGUUGUUAACAAAACAAACUGUAUAGCCUUAAAGAUGGAAUAAUAUGGAAGGCUUUUUCACUUGCCAUGUUUAAAAUGCACAAACAAUAUUUGUAGCAACAAUGCUUGUGAUGGAAUUGUGAACUAAACAUUUAAGCAAAUAAUAUCCUGUAAUGAAAUUAUUUAGAUUUUACAUAUAAUUCAUAGCCUGUAUAUAGACCUGUUUUCAUGGAUGCAGUUAAGAUGUAUAUGCAUGCUUGGCUGGCAUCUUUGACCUAUGAUCUUUGUAUGUGUAUGCAAUUAGGGAUCAUUUAAAUGCAUAAUUUGAAAUAAUAAUAUAAAUAAUACAUAUUGCAAUUUACCUUUGUUUUAGACUUGAACUGCUUUUAGAACUUUUGGUCACUUUCAUUAUUUCUUUCUAUCAAAUGUUCAUUUUUGUCAUUGAAUAGAAAUCUUAUUGUUAUUUAUUUGUUAUAUUUUAUUGUUCAUAGAAUGUUGGAUGAAUCUUUAAUACUAGUUUUUUGCUUAUGUUUGUUUCUUUUAGAAUGCUUUGCAUGCAAAAAUGUAUGUUAUUGGGAUAUGAGAAUACAAGAGGAAACGGAGCUGUGGGUCGAAGGUAGAUAUAGUGAGAUAUUUUGAAAAAGAGGGUUAAAUGGGUGGGGAUAGUUGAAAGAUUUGGAAGGUCUCACUGGAAAAUGUUUGUCAUCUAAAUGUUUGGGAUGAGGUUUAAGGGGAGGUGGGAGGGGGCAGAUGGUGCAUGGUUUUGGAUUGGAAUAAAAGGUGCAAAGAGUGAAACGUUUGGAACUUUAUGUUUUAGGGGAAGAGUGAAAGAUUUGAAAAGAGGUUAAAUGGAGAGUGAAAAGUGUGGGAAUUUGAGUUUACAGUGCAGAGGAUUUGUUUGAGAAGUGGGAUUAAAGGGGGUAGAAAAAAAGGUUUAGCAAGGUGGUUAAAGGGACAUGGAGUGAUAUGUUUGGCUAGGGAGGUAAUUGGAGAAAGAUUGUAAACGGUUUGUGUGAGUUCAGAAGAUGGUAUUACAUGGAAAUGUGUACACUGAUCAUUGUGCAUUUUAAGUAUAGAUGAGAAAUUUGUUUUACUGUAUUUCUAAUAAAAUCUGCUUUUGAAAGCAGUUUUUAUGUCCCCCACUAUAGUAGUGGGGGACAUAUUGUUUUUGCCCUGUCUGUUGGUCUGUCUGUUGGUCUGUCUGUUUGCGCCAACUUUAACAUUUUGCAAUAACUUUUGCUAUAUUGAAGAUAGCAACUUCAUAUUUGGCAUGCAUGUGUAUCUCAUGAAGCUGCACAUUUUGAGUGGUGAAAGGUCAAGGUCAUCCUUCAAGGUCAGAGGUCAAAUAUAUGUGGCCAAAAUCGCUCAUUUUAUGAAUACUUUUGCAAUAUUGAAGAUAGCAACUUGAUAUUUGGCAUGCAUGUGUAUCUCAUGGAGCUGCACAUUUUGAGUGGGGAAAGGUCAAGGUCAUCCUUCAAGGUCAGAGGUCAAAUAUAUGUGGCCCAAAUCGCUUAUUUUACAAAUACUUUUGCAAUAUUGAAGAUAGCAUCUUGAUAUUUUGCAUGCAUGUGCAUCUUAUGGAGCUGCACAUUUUGAGUGGUGAAAGGUCAAGGUCAUCCUUCAAGGUCAGAGGUCAAAUAUAUGUGGCCCAAAUCACUUAUUUUAUGAAUACUUUUGCAAUAUUGAAGAUAGCAACUUGAUAUUUGGCAUGCAUGUGUAUCUCAUGGAGCUGCACAUUUUGAGUGGUGAAAUGUCAAGGUCAUCCUUCACAAGGUCAAGGUCAUCCUACAAUGUCAAACAUCAUAUAGGGGGACAUUGUGUUUCACAAACACAUCUUGUUUUGUUAGAUAUUAUUAUUGACAUGCCUAGCCCAUUUUUUUUAUUCACCAUUUAAAAAAAUGUACUCUCGUUAUUCAUAUCUUUGUUUGAUUACUCUGAACUUUACUUCUAAUAGACUUUGAAUUCUACUCCUAAUUUACAAGCUUUUCUGCUUAUUCAAUUUCCAGUGUACCAUUUCUGUUUUUUAUACUAAGAAAUUCAAACAAAAUGAUUGGCGAACUGCUUAUCCGCAUUUAGAUGCAAUUCACUGCAUCCCACAUGUGCUAUUACUUUUUUAAGUGAAUAUGUUUACUCCAGUUUGCCACUUGCGAAAACUAUGUAUGUGUGAACUGUUUGAAUGUAAAUUGUCAUAAAGCUUAACCAUUGAGCAAUUAUAUUUUUGACUGUAUUUUCUUGUGAAUUUUAUAUGUAAGGUUAUUGUAAAUAAUACAUAUUUAGUUAUAUAGCAACCGGUCACAUUUCACGAAAUGAGUGCGGUGUGGCCUUCAUCAUGUAGUACUAGUACGAUUGUUAAGAUGACUUCUAAUAAAAUGAUUGCAACACGA